GCCUCUGACCUGAGAGCGAGGAGGAAAGCGGCGAGAUGACGGACCGCUACACCAUCCACAGCCAGCUGGAGCACCUGCAGUCCAAGUACAUCGGCACGGGCCACGCCGACACCACCAAGUGGGAAUGGCUGGUGAACCAGCACCGCCACUCCUACUGCUCCUACAUGGGCCACUUCGACCUCUUCAACUACUUCGCGGUUGCGGAGAACGAGAGCAAAGCUCGAGUCCGCUUCAACGUGAUGGAGAAGAUGCUGCAGCCCUGCGGACCGCCGGCCGACAAGCCCGAGGAGAACUGAGGUCCCGCCGGUCCGCGCUGUGCGGGAGAGCACCCCUGUUCCUCCGGUGUGC